AACUCGCCUCACUCGCCGUGCUCUCCUCGCGCCGCCUGUUCUGGUCGCCGUCGCCGUCGCCGUCGAGCUCUUCUCGUCUAUCUUCAAAAUUCCCGGUCUGUUGCCGCAAUCUCUUCCUCUCCGUUAAUUAAUUUCUUCAACAAUCAUAUAUUGUUCAUAACGAGUUUGAAUUCGUAAUGAAGAGCUCUGAUGACGAAAAAGAUUUGGCAUAUGGGAAUUAUGUCCCUAAAGAAGUAAGUCGUGGUUUAGGAUAUUCUGGUGCAAAAUUUGUAGAUGAAGUACUUAAUGGGGAAAAUGAACGUUGUCUCGAGAAUUUUCGUAUGGAUAAGCAUGUCUUUUAUAAGUUAUGCGAUAUUUUACAAGCCAAAGGCUUACUGCGCCAUACAAAUCGAAUCAAGAUUGAAGAGCAAUUAGCUAUAUUCAUGUUCAUUGUUGGUCAUAAUCUGCGAACUCGAGCUGUACAAGAAUUAUUUCGUUACUCAGGAGAAACCAUCAGUCGCCAUUUUAACAAUGUACUAAAUGCAGUCAUGGCGAUAUCAUUAGAUUUCUUUCUGCCCCCUGGCUCGGAGUUUGUUCCUACAGCAAUUUCAGAAGAUCCCAGAUUCUAUCCAUAUUUUAAGGAUUGUGUUGGUGCAAUUGAUGGAAUACAUGUUCCUGUAAUGGUUGGUGUUGAUGAACAAGGACCUUUUCGCAACAAAAACGGCUCACUUUCCCAAAUUGUUCUGGCUGCUUGCUCAUUCGAUCUUAAGUUUCAUUACGUCCUGGCUGGUUGGGAAGGUUCAGCAUCAGACCUGCAAGUUCUAAAUUCAGCACUCACUCGACGAAACAAACUGCAGGUUCCCGAAGGUAAAUACUACCUAUUGGACAACAAGUAUGUGAAUCUACCUGGUUUCAUGGCUCCAUAUCCAGAUGUUCCAUAUCAUUUGAAAGAGUUUCCUGAUGGUUACCAUCCACAAAACGCGAAAGAGCUAUUUAAUCAACGCCAUUCAUUGUUACGAAACGCAGCUGAUCGAAUUUUCGGGUCCUUAAAAGCUCGAUUCCCUAUACUAAUGACAGCUCCACCGUACCCGUUACAAACACAAGUGAAGUUGGUAGUUGCAGCAUGUGCCAUACACAACUACAUCCGAAAGGAGGAACCGAGUGACUGGCUAUUUAAACUGUUCGAAGACGAUGAUUUACCACAAGAGGAGUCUUCUCCACCGCCGCCACCUUUGGUGGAAUUGGAUCAGCAACCGAUGAAGAAUGUCGAGAAUUCUACUGGUUUGGACAUUCAUUUUGAUGAAGAACAGAUAGAAUUGUCUCUGCAAUUGAGGGAUUCUAUUGCAACUGAAAUGUGGAAUGAUUAUAUCAAUGACAUAUCUUCUCUGUAGAUUCUUUGUUUGUGAUCAUAGUUUCAGGCUGGGUUAAAAAAAAUUGGACAUAAACAUGUGUCUUCUUUUUUUUUUUUUCUUUUCAAUUUCUUGGGGGUGUAAAUUUGGAACAAAAAAAUGUUUAUAGAAAAGAAAUAUACUUUAGAAGGUCUGAAACGGAGAUUUAUUGAAUUGAAUGAC